AUUCUGCUUACACUCUUUGCGCCAACAUCACACCAACCUCUCUCACUCAGACUCUUCUUCACUACUCCGCACUCUCUUUCUCUUUUUCUUAUUCCUCACAUCACAUUCAACAAGAGAGAAACAUGAAACCCAACGACAACGUGGCAGUACUGACCAAGACAGACUCCGAGGUUAGCAGCCUCUCCCAGUCCUCACCGCCCCGCUCUCCCCGCCGGCCCGUAUACUACGUCCAAAGCCCUUCCCGCGACUCCUCCCACGACGGCGAGAAGACCACCAACUCCUUCCACUCCAGCCCGCUCCAAAGCCCAUUGGGCUCUCCGCCCCACUCCCACUCCAACUCAUCGCUGGGCCGCCACUCUCGUGAGUCCGCCUCCACCCGCUUCUCCGGCUCCCGCAAGAGCAGCUCCACCAACCGCAAGGGCCCAUGGAGGCCCUGGAAGGACCACUUCCACGCCAUCGAGGAAGAGGGUCUCCUCGACGCCCACGACAAUGCCCAACAUGGCUUCCCUCGUCGCUGCUAUUUCCCGGCAUUCAUUCUCGCCUUCCUCCUUCUCUUCUCCUUUUUCUCUCUCAUUCUCUGGGCCGCAAGUCGCCCCCAAAAGCCUGCCAUUUCACUCAAGAGUAUAACCUUCGAUCAGUUCCUGAUUCAAGCGGGUGCCGAUGAGUCAGGAGUUGCCACGAGCUUGGUCUCCAUGAAUUCAUCUGUGAAGUUGACGUUUCGCAACACAGCUACAUUUUUCGGGGUCCAUGUCACCUCAACUCCCCUAGAUCUAAAUUUUUAUGAACUCACUCUUGCCACUGGAACUAUGCCAAAGUUCUACCAAUCUAGGAAGAGCCAAAGAUCUGUUAGAGUGAGGGUGAAAGGGAGUCACAUUCCACUGUACGGAGGGGGAGCGAACCUGAACACUGUGAACGGGGCACCGGAACCGGUGCCGUUGACGUUGAGCGUGAUGGUGCGGUCCAGGGCUUACGUUUUGGGGAAAUUGGUGAAACCCAAGUUCCACGAGAAGAUUGAGUGUUCUGUGGUUUUUGAUCCGAAGAAGAUGGGCGUGGCCAUUUCGCUGGUCAAGAAGUGCAAUUACCAGUAAGUCAACACCGUCAUUAAUUACUUAAUAAACCAAACCUUAAUAUUUUGUUUUCAAGGGUGUGGUUGGAUGCAGUCGGUGCUUCAGUUUUCAACAUCUAUUGUUAUGUUAUUUUUCAAUGCUUAAUAUAAAUUAUUUUUACUUUUA